GCCGGGGUGAGGGGUCAGGAAAGAUGGCGGCGCCGGUGGUGCAGACCUGUCAUGUUUCGUGCUGCGCGAACCGGGCUCCGCGCGCCGUGUCCUGGGGGAGAGGAGGUCACGUGGCCAUCGGCAACUGCCGCUCUGUAACAGUCACAGAACCCGAGAGCAGGACAGUGACUGAAACUCUGAAUGGGCACACUGGAAAAGUUAACUGUGUCAAGUGGGUUCACAGAGAUGAUUGUGAUCCUGAGACAGAACUUGUGUCUGGAGGAUGCGAUAACUGCCUCAUUGUUUGGGAGGUGCUGAGUUGUAAGUUUGUAACUUACACCCGGCUGGAAGGGCAUUCAGGAGCUGUAUAUGCUGUUGAUGCUAUUUAUGAAACUGUUGGCUUGGGUGAGGAUCCUAAAUUGUUGAUAGCUUCAGCAGCAGCAGAUUCCUCUGUCAAGAUCUGGUCCAAACAGGGUUCUAAUGGUAAAUGUGUCCAAACUCUGUCAUUUGGAAGUGGCUUUAUACUGGAUGUUACCUUAGCCCGAUUGCCAGGUAGUGAUGCUUUGAUUCUUGCUUGUGGUGGUGAUGAUGGCAAAGUUCACUUGUACAUUCAAGAAGGUGAACAAUUUCAGAAAAUCCAGUCGCUCGUGGGUCAUGAAGACUGGGUCAGAGGGGUGGAGUGGGCUGCACAUGAUGGGAAUCUUUUAUUGGCAAGCUGUUCACAAGACUGCAUGAUUCGAAUAUGGAGAAUUUAUAUCAGGCGAGAAUCUACUUACAAAGAGUACAAUGAGAACAUUAUCAAACUUAAGGAGGACAUAUUUCAUGUUACAAGUGACAAAGGAGCAGUGACAUAUGCAGCAACUCUGGAGACUGUGCUAGCAGGUCAUGAGAACUGGGUUUAUGGAAUACAUUGGCAGCCCCCGUUUCACAAAGAUGGCAGACUUGAACAACCAUUGUCUCUGUUGUCUGCAUCAAUGGAUAAAACAAUGAUUCUGUGGGCUCCAGAUGAGGAGUCUGGUGUAUGGCUGGAACAGGUUCGCGUGGGAGAGGUUGGAGGAAAUACGUUAGGUUUCUAUGGCUGCCAGUUUAGUCCAGAUGGAUCAAUGAUUUUGGCACAUGCAUUCAAUGGAGCGCUUCAUAUCUGGUGCCAAAACCAAUCUAAGAAGGGAGAAUGGAGCCCAGGAGUGGUGCUUUCUGGACAUUUUGGAGCUGUACAAGACUUGAGCUGGGAUCCUGAGGGAGAGUUUAUUUUGAGUGUUGGCGCUGAUCAGACAACCAGAUUGUUUGCUCCAUGGAGACGGAAAGAACAUGAACAGGUGACCUGGCAUGAAAUUGCACGCCCACAGAUACAUGGCUAUGACAUGCAGUGCCUAGCAAUGAUUGGCCGUUUUCAGUUUGUUUCCGGUGCUGAUGAGAAGGUGCUUCGGGUUUUCUCUGCCACUAAAAACUUUGUGGAAAACUUCAGUUUCAUCACAGGUACCACAGUUGAGGACCUUCUCUCAACCAAUCAGGCGACUGGAGAAAUCCCUGAAGGUGCCAGCGUUCCAGCUUUAGGGUUGUCAAACAAGGCUGUCUUUGAAGGAGAUCUGACUGCAAAUACAAGGGAAACAGAUAGAAAUAAACCACUUAGUUCUGCUGACCAGUACCCUCAGGUUUAUUUCCAGGCAGUUAGCCUUACAGAACCACCUCCAGAAGAUCAUCUUUUGCAGAACACACUCUGGGUGGAGAUUCAGAAGCUGUAUGGGCAUGGGUAUGAAGUAUUCUGUGUUGCCUGCAAUACCUCAAGGACAGUGUUGGCAUCAGCUUGUAAGGCCUCUAAAAUGGAGUAUGCAGCAAUUAUUUUGUGGAGUACUUGCAGUUGGAAACAACUGCUCAGUCUGCCACUGCACAGCCUGACCGUGACCCAGUUGGCAUUUUCACCUGACGACCAAUUCCUAUUAGCGGUUUCGCGAGACCGGACAUGGUCUCUGUGGAAACAGCAAGAACCUGCCCAAUUUGAUUCGGAGCCUUUUUUCUCUCUGUUUGCACACACGGAUAAAAACACUGCUGUGCACACCCGAAUCAUUUGGACAUGCGACUGGAGCUUUGAUAGCAAAUAUUUUGUAACCGGUAGUCGUGACAAGAAGAUAAUUGUAUGGGGUGAAAUGGGUUCAGCUGGGAAACCUGAAGGCAGUAGCUUGAGGUCUGUCAGGCCAUGCUCGUCAGUUCUGGAUGUAGGAGAUGCAGCCACAGCUGUCAGCUUCGGUCCUGUUGCAAGUCCAGAUGAAAGCUACAUUCUUGCAGUAGGUUUGGAGUGUGGCAAGAUAAUGUUGUAUAAGUGGAAAGCAGCAGAAACCACUCAAAAUAUAGACUGGAUCAAAUGUCUGGAACUGGACAAAUCGCAAUGUCACACUCUAGCUGUCAAGAGGCUGCGUUGGAGACAAUCGGUGGGAAGAGCAGGUUGCAAUGAUGAAUCUGAUAGCAAGUGGUUACAGUUGGCUAGUUGUAGUGCUGAUCAUAGUAUUAAGAUCUUCAAUGUGGAUAGAUCUCGCCUUUAAUUUUAAUUUUUCAAAAUAAAUACAUUUCAUUCAAAUAUCCCACAUGUCUCCUG